GCACUCGAAUGCCGGACAAAAACAAAAGCUUUGAGACAGGAGUACAAGAGGGUCGCGGCACACAAUGGAAGAUCGGGAAAUGCCCCUGCAACAUGCCCUUUCUAUGCACAGCUUGCAAGAAUUUUCAGAGGGGAUGCAAGCAUACGGCCACAAAGGGUGGCAAGAAGUCUUAACCUGCAGUCGGUGAGCAAUGCCGACCCCAUGGGGGAAGAUCGGUCGAACCAUGGCGUUCCCGCUCCAUGGGAGGGAUCAGAGGAACUAUUCACACAUCCAAUGGUCACUCUACAUCUUCAGGCGGUCCCCGCUUCCACUCCCAAUGAUUCAGGUUCUUCCACAGAACAAGAAACAUCAAUCGGAGAAGCCCCCCCAAUGGACAUGACCGAUCCAGAGGAUGAAAAUGCCGCAGACGAUCCAGAUUUAACUCAGAUAGAGGAGUUCCCGGAGGUGACAGGACAGGGUGCAGAGGAUCCGCAAGGAGAUCUGAACAAUCCACCAGCAGUGGAACAACCGCAGGUCCCCACGGCACAACUGUCUCCUGCUACACGCUUAGAAAAGGCGCGCACCAGAACCAGGCGCGUCUCUGUCCUCACCAACGUUGCAGAGAGAAUGCUAUCUCAGGCACAGAGGGAGGAACAGAACAACAGAAAGGAACGUGGAGAAAUUCUGGAGGCAACCAGCCAUUGGCGUGCAGCCAUGGAAUCAGAGACAAGAUGGCACGAGGACAUUAUCAGGGAGGCAAGAGAGGAUCGUAGGGCUUUUAUUGAGGCACAAUCACAAAAUAUGGAGGGGCUUAAUAGGGCUGUUGGUGCCCUCAGCUCCUUGACUGAACUCUUUGUCAGGGAGCAAAGAGCAGGCCCGGUUGCAGAAACUUCCCAAAAUGCCAACAGCAAAACACGCGAUAACGAUCAUGAUAAGGCACCACUAAGAAAAAGGGCUCGGAUCAUUAAAAAGAGAGAAAGAUAUGAUCCAUCCCUCUGA